CGCACCCGCACGCGGGCGGCCGCUCCAACAAGAAGGCCCUGCUGGCCCUCAUAGGCCUCUUCGGGACGAUCAGCACCGUGCAGCUGGUUGCCGCGCUGGUUGCUCGGUCCGAUGCGCUGCUCGUGGACUGCAUGGAGAUGCUGGCGCUCGCGUGCGGUUCAGCUUCCGACGCCCUGGGCGAAGGGAAGGUGGACACACUCACCUACGUUGGCAACUUGGCAGCGGAGACGUGCAAGCACAAGGUCUGCUCGGAGCUGCUCGCGUCAGGCGCCUCGCUCGCGGUGCUGUACGGCGUUGCCAUAUGGGGGUUGGUCGAGGGCUGCAUGGGCCUCUCGGGCGUCGACGACGCAGGUUCCGAGGGCGGCGAGGACAAGGGAGAAUUGCGGCCCGGCAUUGUCCUUGCCUUCGGCCUCUGGGGUCUGAUAUUCGAUUUCUUGGCGGUCCUUGGCUUCUAUUAUUGGGGAAUGCGCAGUCCGGUCGACGGUAACAAGGCCAGCGACGGCCAGGCCGCCCACCUCGCGCAGGCCCCCGACGACGAGAUCGCCGCCCCGCAGACACAGGUCAAUACCGGCCCGUCGAUGAACAUGCAGUCAGCGCUCCUGCACGUUGGGGCGGACCUCAUUCGUUCGAUGGUGACCGUGAUGGAGGGAUUGCUGGUCAUCUACGUAGACAUCCAGGGCCGCUUUGCCGACUCUGGAGCCACGGUCCUGGUGUCGCUGGUCAUCUUGGCCGGCGGAUGCGGCGCGGGGAUGGCCUGGGCGAGGGUGGCUCUCCGCCAGGGGCGGUCCGCAGCAGCCCGCCGACAGGCGCGCGGAGGCGGAAAAGCUCGGCACGAGCGGCUUCGCGGGGAAGAAGGCCACGGCCUCGAGGCGCGGGAGCCGCCCAGCCCGCAGGCGCGGGCUGCGGGUGGCGCCCUCUCGGCCUCGCCCCGCGCGGAGCUGGGGAGCUAUACCGCCGAGGAGCUGCGCGUCGAGCUGCAGUCGCGCCGCGGCGCUGCGGCCGAGCUCGGCGGCCCGCCGGCGCCGGCGCCGCAGGUGCUCGGCGCCCCGGGGCCCGCCGAGCGGGAGGACUGCUGCUCAGCCACCACGGCCCGGGGCCCGCCGGCAGAGGUGGCGCCCAGCCCCGCUUGGGAGCCAGGCGCCGCCGCGGCCGCGACGGCCUGCUUGCCGGCGGCGGUGGACCCGCGGCCGUGGGACCCCAGAGCGAUGGGGGCUCUAUUGUAUUUGAUAGUCCUCGCCGACGCCUACAAGCUUGAUGCAGGCGCGAGGCUCCCGCUCGAGAGUAUUCUUGGCUUCGGGCUCCCAGACGCUGACCAGUCCGUGCCGCCCCCCGAGGGCGGGAAUAAUGCCGCCGGCGACAAGGCGAGGCAGCUUGAAUUGGGAUCGACCCUGCGUGCGAUCGGCAAACAUCCGGACCAAUUUCUCAAGGCAUCGAAGCUGGCAGGGUUCGACGUCGCCGCGCCCAUGGACGAGGGUAGACCCGGCGAUGCCGCGGGGGCGAUCAGAGGCAUCUACAUCGCGUUGGAGCAGCCGGUCGGCGCCGUGGAUCAGCCGGGCGAUGCGAUCGUCGGCCUCGAGUCGGCGACGCAGGAGGGGGCGGACUCGCCGCCGGCCAGGGGCCGCAAGUUCCACGAAAGAGCUGGCGGCGCGCAGGUUAAGGCCCGCGCGGACGGGUCGAGCACGUCGCGGGCCAAGCGGGCGAACGGCGAUUUCGCUGGCUGGGCGGGCGUUCGCCCGCAGGCAGCGCGGGACGCAAACAGGCGCGAGCCUUGCCAGCAGGCAGACGACUGCGUAGACGAAUGGCAGAACAUCUGGGAGACGCACGGCUGCCUCGGGCGACUUGCGGACGCCCCCGGGCCCCCGGGCAACGCCGCGGACGCGUUGACCAGUCGAUGGUCUUCGUUCGCGUCGCAGCCAGAGGCAGUGGAGGCCGCGGUGGUCGAGAGGCACGGAGCAAAAGGAUGGGGCGUGGCCGUCGCGGAGGUGAACGGCUGGCGCACGAGCAUGGAGGACGCCCACGUCAUCCAUAUGCGGGACGAUUGGGCUUUCUUCGGUGUCUUCGACGGACACGGCGGACAGGCCUGUUCUGCCUUCGUUUCGCGGCGAUUCCACGAGGAGCUCGAGCUCAAGGGGUGCCCGAAGGACCACGCCUGGUGGCUAUAA